ACAGUUUUCGACGGGUCACAGAUUUCGGCACAGCACACGGAGGUCGGAAUUUGCGAAUAUAAAACCAACUUUACCUCUAUUAUGUAUUGUCCCCCCACUGUUAAGUGAAAUUUAAGCCCAUGGUCAGAAGAAAGGUUUUGAGCUAAAACGGGCUGCCAUCUGGAGUUCCAUCUCCGCCUGCUACGAAGGAUGCUCGUUUUCAUUCUGCAGUCACAUGAAAACUACGUUUCUCUCUUUUGGACAGGAAAAUUUGUUAUUUUCCUGUUAUUGUGCAUUUGCGUCAGAAUAUCAGGUGUACGGGUUAUUGGGCAUGACACAGCAGUUGAAUAUGGAGAAGAUGCUCAGUUGUUGUGCCAUCUGACUGAGACUAAUGCUUAUGAUAUAACUCGUAUUGUGUGGAAGAAAACAACAAGAAGGACAACUAAGGAGGACAUCUUUUUUGUCAUUAGCCAAGGUAACAUAACUAAGCAUAUAAAUGGAUUGGGGGACAGAGUACAAUUCAUUGGGAACUUUGCAGAGAGAAAUGGAUCAAUUCAGCUGCGGGGAAUGGAGUUUCUGGAUGAAGGGACCUACACAUGCAGCUUCAACCUUUUUUCUAGUGUGCCAUUAGAGGUUGACAUCAAGGCCUCAGUUUUUGCUCGUCCUGCUGUUACUGUGAAAGGAGAGGAGCCUGUUGCUGGUUGUUUAGAAGUGAUUUUGGCAUCAUGCUUUGCCUCAAAUGCAAGGCCUGCAGCAGAAGUGACAUGGAGAUUAGGAGAUCUGGAAAAUUUUCUGAAGACUAGAACCAACCAUACAGUGAACGCCAAUGAAACCAUUACAGUUGAAUCUUACCUUCUAGGUGUCCCGUUCAAACAUUUACACAAGAAGAACAUCCAGUGCGUGGUAAAACACAACACCCUGAGAGAAGACCUUGUACUGAACUACACAAUAGACAUCCAUUAUCCUCCUGAGUCAGUUAUUAUAAUUCCUGAUAGUUCAACAGAUGUCAAAGAAUUCAGGUGUAUAGUGGAUAGUAACCCUCAGCCAAUCCCAAGGGGUUACAGCUGGACAAGAGUCAAUAAAAGCACUCCAGUUUAUGAAGGCAACAGACUUCCUGUACAAAUUAUGAAUCCUGAAUUGAAUGGCUUGUACAUCUGUAAUGCUUCAAACAAAUAUGGAAGUGCAUUAGGUUCUCUGUAUGUGAAUGUUCACACUGAAACAAGCAGCAUCUGUUGGGUUCUCUUCAGUCUAGUCAUCAUUGUAGGUCUUGCAGUUGCUGUUGGUGUGAUUUUCAAAUUCAAGCGGGAAUGGAUUCCAGUACCAGUUCUCGGUCAAAAUGAGCAGAGUGACCCGGCGGUUGGUUUGUGACCUCUUUAGGCCACGCCGCAAUCCGAACAAGAGAGGCCAACAAGAGAGGCCUCUAGAGAAGUCUGAAGGACAGCUGACAUUUAACUGCAAACAACUUUGCAAAAAUUCCUCAGCAUUACAGCCAUCAUUUUUCUGACGAGUGCUUCAGUAAUCUACACUCUUACAACGGGGGUUUUGUCGGCCGUUUGUUAAAAAAAGGAUCAGAAAUGACUAUUGAUCAGAGAUGUAUAAAGUACUAGAGACCCAGACUUAAGUAAAAGUACAAGUACUCUAUCAAAAAGUGACUUGAGUAGAAGUAAAAGUGCUCUUUAAGCACCAUACUUAAGUGGAAGUACUAAAGUAUUCAACAUUUUUUGUACUUAAGUAUUGCAAGUAGUUUAUUUCAACAUUUACUACUCAAGUACUGAAAGUAAAAGUACAAGUAUUGUGUAAUGUAGUUAUUAAAGAAUGCAGUCAAAAGACAUCAUAUUGUUUUGUUUAUUUUAAAUCUCUUUUUUGGGGGCACGUCAUUAAGCAGAACGAAAAGAAUCAUGACUUACAAUACUGUUUUUCUCUCACGCUUGAACCACAGAUUUGACAGAUUAUAACAGCUUUAACACACACCUUUCAAAGUUGUGUGUCACAAAAACAGUCCAUAACCCACUCAAAACGCUAUUGAAACCCAUUUUCGGAGCACAAUUUACUGGUUGUAAACGCUGUAAACGAACGUUCUAAUUCACUUGAUUUUGAUUUAUUGUAAAAAAAAGAAAACGUGUAUAUUACUGUGUUAAAUGAAAAUCUGAAAUAUUUUAUGGCUUAUGGCUAUGAUUUAGUAUUUAAAAAUGUUUCAUUUUGAUUAUGUUUUAAUUAAAUUGGUCUUAAACUUCAUAUUUUUCAUAUUUUUAUAGUAUAUUUAUUCAUUCUGGUACUUUUACCAUAAACCAACAUCUCAACCAUUUGGUAGAGGCUGAUAUUUUAGAAAUUAUGGGACGUGUUGGGGGAAAAUGUAUUGAUUGUGUUAACUAGCGACAUUAGGAGUUAAGAAAUGCAAUAAAUAAAAAAAUUCUAUUGGUUUUUU